AUGGCGCACGUGGCGCGAGAACUUCUGAAAAAGGAGCUGGUGAAUCUGAUGAAGGAUGAGAGCUGUGGCUUUUCCGUUGGCUUGGAGGAUGACUCGGACUUCUUCACGUGGCGGGUUGUCUUUGAAGGUCCAUCAGAUAGCCUGUACGAAGGCGGCAUCUUCACCGCGAUACUGAAGUUUCCAGGUGACUUCCCGAACAAUCCGCCAGAAAUGAGGUUUGAGACAGAGAUGUGGCAUCCCAACAUCUACCCGGAUGGCCGUGUCUGCAUCUCGAUCCUACACCCGCCAGGGACGGACAGAUUCAACGAUCAGGCGGGAAGCUCGGACAUAGCCACACACACACACACCCACUACUUGUACUUCUAA